UGUGAUUUCUCCUUGAUGCAGUCUCCAAAGGAGCAGGUCCCGGUUCCUGUUUACCAUCCAACUCCUAGCCAGACCCGGCUAGCAACGCAGCUGACAGAAGAGGAACAGAUUAGAAUAGCGCAAAGGAUAGGCCUUAUCCAGCACCUGCCUAAGGGAGUCUAUGAUCCUGGAAGAGAUGGCUCUGAAAAAAAGAUCAGAGAGUGUGUGAUCUGUAUGAUGGACUUUGUUUAUGGGGACCCUAUCCGAUUCCUGCCAUGCAUGCACAUUUACCACCUGGACUGUAUAGAUGACUGGUUGAUGAGAUCCUUUACGUGCCCCUCCUGCAUGGAGCCAGUGGAUGCAGCACUGCUUUCGUCAUAUGAGACUAACUGAGCCAGGGUUUAUCCUCUGACCCGUCAAGGAAACCAUCCAUUUUAAUGGGUUUGAUCCUUUGUCAUUCAGCCCCAAAGAGCCAGGGAUUAGGAAUUAAGAUCAUGCACAAAAAAAGUACAUUUCCUAAAAAUUCCUGAAAGGCUGCAAACAUUGGAGAAAUGCAUAAUAUUUUAGAGACUAUAGAAAAAGUAGGAAGUUAUUUUUAUGUAAAGCCUUGACCCACUCCUAAAAAAUAUAAUGAUCUUCUAACGCUUGUUCUUACACCCAUAUAUAGGAAUUGUGUAAAGUGUUACAGCAGCUAAAAGUGUUUAAAUUGCCUGUAUCAGAUUUUAUUAGAAGUGAGAUAAGGGGUUGUUUUUUUCCCCUUAAAUAAAGUAAUAGUUUUUGCUCUCAUUCUAUUCACAAUCUCCUGGCAUCUGGGUCAAGGCUUUAUUAAAAACUACAUUUUAUAACACUGGCACAAAGAAAUAGUUUUAAGCUUGUUUGCACAGUUCUUUUUUUUUUCCAUUGGAAAUGGAAUCCAUUGCCUUAGGUCUUUUUAAUAGUGUAUUGUUAUUGUUGGGCUGGCUCUACGCUUGAAAACCAGUUUAUUUAUAACCUGUUAAAAGUGCUAUAUUUUGUUUGCAGUUAGGAUUAUGCAGAAUUCAAAGUGAUCUCCUAGCUUGUAAGCAAACUGAGAUGCACUAUCCAUUUUCUAUAAGCGAUGGUUUCAUGUGAGGAUGCUAAACCAGUCUGAUGGUAUUUUUUUUUCUGUUUUUCCCUAAUUUGCUUCAGGUUCGAUCAGACCAUGAUCCUUAAACUUAAGUAUACUUUGAGUAUCUACAUUUUGAUUUACCAACUUGAAGGUGGACACCUGUGCUUAAAGACAUGAUGAUAACGUAGCUAUAAAGUAAUCCAGAACACUAUGUCCCAUUUUCAAAAUAUAAUGUCACUGUUGAAUAUCACCGUCCCCCCUUUCCCUUCAUUCCCCUAUAAAAUACUUGUCUUGGAUGAUAGUAAAAGGAUACUGCAUCUCUUAUUCCUGUAGUUCUUCUUAGGUUAUCAAAAUUAAGAAUAAACAUACUGUAUCUUGGUCUCUGUAUGAAAUGUAUCUGUUAAGUCCUGCUGGCUGACAUUUGUCUACCAAGCAGAUAUGAAACCAGAUAUAAGAAAACUGUAUUUUGUUUUGCACAUGAAUACAAAAUUCAUAUAGACACAGAAGUUCAUAGCGGUGAUCAAGGAGAAAAAGUACAGCUGAAGUAAGAGUGAUACAAAUAUCUACAUUUCUGAAGCAAAAAGGUAUGUGGUUGGUAGAGACAGUCUAGCAAAGAUUGUAGCUGUAAAUGUUUUUAUCCAUUUAGCACGUGUUUAUUUUUCUUAAAUGUACUCUACUGUGACUUUUAUACAUUUGAUGUAAAGCUGAUACAUGGAGAAGUCUUAGUCCUGUAAAAUGAGAUGCAGCCUCAAGUUAACCGCAAAAAAUCAGGGAAUGUUCUUGAUUGUUUUGCGUAUACCAUUUUGAGCCCUUGAUCCAACCAUUUGUAUUUAAACACACAAGUACUCGGAAGAGUCUGUGUACUUAAAAGAGAGAGGAAUUGCAUCUGUCAUGAAUAAUUUUAAAAGAUCAGUCAGUAGAAUACAGAAUCAGCAUAUUGGUUUAUUUAUUAGCCCUGCCGCUAAAAUCUACACUUUACUACACUGUAGAUGUAGUCGAUAUGGUAUUCAAAAGGUGUUUAAAACAAUCUAUAGUACCAGGUUCAUUUAAAUAGUUACACAGUGAACUUGCCAGAAGUUUUUACUGAAUUCAUAUGUACUUAAUUACAUGAAGCAAAUCGGAGAGGAAAGACCUGAAGUUGUGCAAUAUUCUCAGUGGUAAACCAUUGUUCCUUUUUUAUCAUUCCAUGUGUGUUCUUUCUGUGCAUUUUUUACAUAAAACGUAAUGUCCAUGUUGUCAAGUAUUAUAAUCCGAUUUUUUCCUUGUUAAAAUUGGCAAAUGAACAAUUUUUAAACAUUUUUUCAUGUUUGGUAUUAGUCUUUAUUUAUUAUAAGACUUGAUUAUGAAAGAUUUGGAAGCAGAAUUGAAGUGACUGGUUACUGAGCUGAAUGCUUUUCUAGGCACUUUGUAUAUAGUUGAACUUUUAACGCUGAUAUACUUACCAUGUUAAGAGAAACUUAAACCUAUGCUUUUAUUAAAAUACUUGUUAAAUAAACUGAUAACAAAAAGGUGUCAAGGGCUGAAGUUAGAAUUGAUUCUACAAGAACAUUCCAAAAAAACCAGACUUCAGCCUAGAGCAGGUAUGUGCAAUUAUAAGAAAUGCAUUAAUUGGUUUAAUAGUUUUAGGCACAAUGCUGAUGCGUAAGAGAUUUGCAGUUCCAUAACUGAAGGCCCUUAAUCCAAAUUCUGGAUUUAUAAUUCAGAGCUUCAAAGUGAAUCUUGUGCUAGAAAUAAUUUACAUCAGCCUAGGACCAAAUUGUGUCACAGGAAGUGGUAGACUGCACUAUUAAGAUCACCGAGGGCCUAGCCCCACCUCUGAAAAUGAUUUCCAUUGGGCUUCAGUUCCUCCAGCUGUAAAAUGAAGAUAAUGCUUGCUUCCUACUUGGUAAUGUUGUUUUGAAUUAAAUAUUAUCUCAAACUAUGUUAGGCAACCUGGCUGCAACAGUCAUUUCCUAAUCGACAUACACUGUGGCCCAUACGUGGCAUACGACUUGGAUUCUUUCAGCCUAGACCUAUUUUGCAUUUUUAACGAUGAGAACAUGGAGCUGAGGAUUUCAUAAAGAGAAAAACCCAAGUUUGUCUUUUGAGAGAGUAACUGCAAAUUUUCCAUAAGAUUUUACUCGACAUUACUAUGAAGCCAAGCAUCUGUAAUCUUAACAAAAUUUUAAUAAGGUGAGGACAGGAACACAACCGUUUUGCUGCACAGAUGUAAGCCAAGAAUUUCAGCGCUGUUACCCAGGACACGUAGAUACGGACGUGAAGUCAAGCACAUUGUUACAGGCACCUAAAACAGCAGAGGCAAAGACGUUGCCUGAAAGUUACUUUUACUACACGUGUUUAAGAACGUGGUGGAAGAAAAGAGCACUGCUGGCCAGCAAACUGAGUACAGCACAGCAAGCUCAAGCAGGGCAUUUGGAAUUAGAUAGUGGUCGUACUUUAUCUUCUUUUCACUGGAAGAGGAAGAGAAGCAUUAUUAACGAGCAGUUCAUGCUGAAGUUUUCUCUCAUUAAUAGUUCCAACUACAAAUCACCAGAACAACUGAGUUUCAGAGAAAUAAUCCAUGUCACUAUGAUGGUCAUCACCCUCCCUAUCUUAAGACAAGUCCUAGGUUAUUCAAUGAGUGCUCUGUUCUGCACGGUGAUAUGGGACCAACCUUACACAUGUAACUCUUCUUAGCAGGAGAGUAAAAAAGGUGGUGGCUCUCUAAGGGCAAGUCUACAGUGUCAAAGGACCAGACGGGGGAGUACUGCAGUAUGGCAUGCCAGGCCUGGUUGGUACAUGCUAUACCCCAAAUAAAGGUAAUGUAGAUGUCUUACUGCCUUAGCCCAGGAGAGUGGGAUUGUCCAGGUGUACACUAAGGCAGAUGUCAGCCCCAAGGUGUGCCCGGUUUCACUGGCACCCCAAUGUCUCUUUCACAGCAAAGACCUGCUCAUCCACAGAAUAAGUUUUGCCCACGUGCUGCCAGGAUGAGAUGCUGUUCGCUGAGGAUUGUGCAACUAUUUGGUUCUUUGACUCUGGCUCUCACCUAGAUAGACUUCAGUAUACCCAUGACUGAGUGGGAAAAAAAUAAGACCUCCUCAUCUUCCUCAUGACUGGGUGAGAAAAAAUAAAAGUGGUGCUAUCCUUUAAAAAUCA